CAACAACAAUCAACAAAACAACAAGACUUGCUCUGCCGCACUAGAGCUAGACUACGAGAACAGCACGGAUUGACCAAACCGGCCCAGCAAUACCAAAAGAACUCCUCGGGAUCACCGUGAUCUUCCUUCCCUCGAACAACAAAACAAACAAUGGCCGACGUUGACAUGGGCGGACGGGCCGGCGCGAACGGCAAGGACGACCACGCGUGGGCGGCUCGCUCUGUCGAGGGCUGGAUCAUCAUCGUCACGGGGCUGAACGAGGAGACGACCGAGGAGGACCUGCAGGACCUGUUUGGUGACUUUGGCGAGGUCAGGAACUUGUCAAUGGCGCUCAACAGGCGAACGGGUUAUGUCAUGGGCUACGCUCUCAUCGAGUACGCGAACAAGGAGCAGGCCGAGGCAGCUAUCAAGGAGACGGACGGCACCGAGUUCCUGGAGAAGAAGAUUAGCACCGACUUUGCCUUCGCCAAGGGCCCUGGAGGAGGAGCACGCCGCGCGCCUGGAGGUGGACGCCGGGGCGGUGGCCGUGACCGCUCGUUGUCUCCCAGCCGCCGAUGAGCGAUGAGGGGUAGAUGGGCAUGUUGGCAGGCAGUUAGACGCAGUGUAUGCAUGAUGUACAUGGGG